AUGACUACCGUUCAAGUUGUGUCUCCGGCCGAAUAUCGCGCAGCGCGUCUGAGCCUCCUGGCGAAAGAAAAGGAAGCAACACGUGUUCGGGACGCCCUUGCUGCCGAGCGACGCAAGCUCCCAAUCGUCGAAUUCACCAAGGCCUACACCUUUACCAUUAUCUGCCCUAAGGAUGGUGAGAAGAAAAGCAUCGGGUUUUCUGACCUGUUCUUCGGCCGCCGCCAGUUGAUUAUUUAUCACUUCAUGUUCGACCCCUCUUGGGAAGCCGGCUGUCCUAGCUGCAGCGUAAUGGGCGAUACGUUCCCUGCUCUAGAACACCUACACUCUCGUUCCACCAGCCUCGUCGCCGUGUCGCGUGCCCCGAUCGAGAAGAUCGAGGCGUACAAGAAGCGCAUGGGCUGGACGUUCCCUUGGGUAUCGUCCUACGACAGCGACUUUAAUUACGACGUCCAUGUAACGCAAGACGAGGCUGUUCGACCGGUUGAGUACAACUUCAAGAACAAGGACGAGCUGCUCAAGGUUGGCCAACACUACUUUACCGAGGGAGAACAGCCUGGGAAUAGCGUCUUCUACAGAGGUGAUGGCAGAAUUGGCGAGGAGGGAAAGAUUUACCACACUUACUCUACCUAUGCACGAGGUGGAGAGCAUUUAAUUAAUACGUUCGGCUGGUUGGACUUGACGCCCCUCGGCAGACAGGAUGGAGAAAGUGGAGUUAAUGGUCUCGGGUUUCGACGUAAGGAUGAGUAUACUCAGGAGGAGUUAAAAGGGCUGCACUGA